UAAUGUCCCUGUACAAGAAGGGGAACCCAGAGAGUGGGACUUCUCUCAAGAGGGAACAGUCUGCAUCAGACAGCCCUGCCCAGGCUCAGUCCACCCCCCAUAGUUAUGGCACCAAGGUGUCUGCAGGGGGCUGGUUCAAAAAGAAGGGCAGAGGCCCGGAGCAGGACAGCAUCCUCAUUGACCUGUGCGAAGAGGAGGCAGCCAGUCCUGCAGGAAAUGUAUGUCUUACAGCUUCCUAUGCUGUCUUUCAUAAGUUGUGGAUUACUACAUGUCUCUUUGUCUCACAAUUUGCUAUAACAAUUUGAAUGCUUCUAUUGACUUCACCAGAAGCAGACAAAUGUCUCAAUGCUCGAGCCUGAGAAGAAAUUGAAAAAAGGCAAAUUGAAAAAAUCGAAACAUCAGAAAGAGGGAGUUUCAAAGCGAAAUGAUGGCGACAUCGAGGCCAGUAUCAUUAACAAGAAAGCGAGGACAAAAUCCAUUGAGCUACAGUAUUCUACAUUAAAGUUUGAAGAUGUUGGCGCUGUGGAAGCUCAUUUAGAUGAGGUGUGCAAGCUGCUGAUCCAUAUGCGUCACCCUGAGGUGUACCCGCAGCUGGGGGUUGUCCCUCCACGGGGGAUUCUGCUCCAUGGCCCCCCUGGCUGUGGAAAGACCCUCCUGGCCCAGGCUGUGGCUGGGGAAAUGGACUUGCCCUUGCUGAAGGUGUCUGCGCCAGAGCUGGUAUCUGGGGUGUCAGGGGAGUCUGAGCUGAAGCUGAGAGAGCUGUUUGAGCAGGCUGUGGUAACUUGCUCACCCUGCAUCCUGUUCAUUAAUGAGAUUGAUGCCAUCAAUCCUAAGAGAGAGGUGGCAUCCAAGGACAUGGAGAGACGGAUUGUUGCUCAGCUUCUCACUUGCAUGGAUGACCUGAACUCUUUAGCUGUCACAGCCCAGGUGAUGGUUAUUGGUGCCACCAAUCGGCCAGACUCUCUGGACCCAGCGCUGCGCCGGGCUGGACGCUUUGACAAAGAAAUCUGUCUGGGGAUACCUGUCGAAGCAGCUCGUCUCAGAAUUCUGAAGACCCUUUGUCGGAAGCUGAAGCACCCUGAGGACUUUGACUACCGGCAGCUGGCCCGUCUGACCCCUGGGUACGUGGGAGCUGACCUCAUGGCGCUAUGCCGCGAGGCCGCCAUGAGCGCCGUCAACAGGAUCCUGCUGGAGAUGCAGGACAAGAACCAGGGGCUGGUCCCCAAGGCGGAGGGGAGAGGAGAGUCAGAACGGCCUCAGGGCGCAUGUCCUCUCCCACAGGGCCCAGAGGCCCAGGGGGGACUGUGUCACCUGCUGUCUUUGCUGAAGAGCAGUGAGUCUCUGUCUGAGGAACAGAUGGCUGGUCUGUGCAUCCUCAUGUCAGACUUCCAGGGCUCACUGGCCAGCGUGCAGCCCUCUGCCAAGUGCGAAGGCUUCGCCACGGUGCCAGACGUCACCUGGGAGGACGUGGGGGCCCUGCAUGACAUCCGCGAAGAGCUCACCAUGGCCAUCCUGGCCCCUGUGCGUUCCCCUGAGCAGUUCAAAGCCCUGGGUCUCAGUGCUCCUGCAGGGGUGUUGCUAGCUGGGCCUCCAGGCUGUGGAAAGACCCUGCUGGCCAAGGCUGUUGCCAAUGAGUCUGGACUUAACUUCAUCUCUGUCAAGGGGCCAGAGUUGCUGAACAUGUAUGUGGGAGAGAGUGAGCAGGCUGUGCGACAGGUGUUCCAGAGAGGACGGAACUCUGCCCCUUGUGUCAUCUUUUUCGAUGAGAUUGACUCACUGGGCCCCCGCCGCUCCGGGCAUGAGUCUGGAGCCAGUGUCCGUGUGGUCAACCAGCUGCUUACUGAGAUGGACGGACUGGAGGUCAGGCGGCAGGUCUUCAUUAUGGCGGCUACCAACAGACCAGAUUUUAUUGACCCUGCUGUGCUGAGACCAGGCCGUCUGGACAAGAUCCUGUAUGUGGGCCUCCCACCUCCGUCAGACCGGCACGCCAUCUUACUCACCAUCACCAGGGGGGGAAGGAAACCUCAUCUGGAGCAGGACGUGAGUCUGGAAGAGAUGGCCCAUGACGUGCGCAGUGACUGCUUCACUGGGGCAGACCUGUCUGCGUUGGUGAGGGAAGCCUCUGUCAAUGCUCUGAGAGCCUACCUCCUGACCCAACCCAACCCAUCUUACACAGGUCAUAGCUACUCCAACGGCCCUGUGGCCGACAUCAGGGUCAGCAAGCAGAACUUUGAGGACGCCUUCAAGAAAGUACGGCCGUCUGUGUCUAAAAAGGACCAGCAUAUGUAUGAGCAGCUAAAGGAAUCUCUCAUGAGGAUUUGACCAGAGUCCUUCAGAAUGGAGGAUAUCAGUGCCGAGGACCAACUGUUUGGACACCUCGACAUUUUGACUAUAUUCACUUUUUGGAGGAAUUGCUGUUUUCUAAUCCAAACCAUGUUUUAUAACACAUUUUAUGAAAGAAAAUGUAAGUCUUAUGAAUUAUGUAAAAAAAAAAGAAAAAAGAUAUAUAUA